UGAUUGGUGGGUCGAGCCAUUUUUUUAAUCGGUGGAAGGAGGAAGGAAUACAGGUGGAUUUGGGUGGAAUACAGGUGGAGGAGUGACGUGUUGGAGCCCCCCUUUUGUGGUGGAGGUGGUGAUGGUGUUAUAAACCGUGGGCGUAGAAGGCCACCGCGAUGUCCCUCUUUCGCAAGAGCCCCAAGAGCCCCCAGGAGGUGUCCAAAGCCCUCAAGGAUGCUCUCACGGCACUCGAACGGUCUGACAAAAAGGCUGAAAAGGUCAGUGGAAAAGCACAAGAGGACACUAGCAAGAGCCUGACGCAGAUCAAGACCAUGCUGUACGGCACCAGUGAUUCAGAGCCUCAGGAUAUUGUGUUAGCACAGCUUGCUCAUGAGUUUUACAACAGCAAUAUGCUGCUGCUGCUUAUUCAUAACCUUCACAGAAUAGACUUUGAGGGCAAGAAGGAUGUUGCUCAGAUAUUUAACAACAUUCUGCGAAGGCAAAUAGGGAUCCGAUCCCCAACAGUGGAGUACAUCUGUACUAAACCUGAGAUUCUCUUUACUCUAAUGAAAGGAUAUGAACACCAAGACAUUGCUCUACACUGUGGCACAAUGCUGCGAGAGUGUGCCAGGUAUGAGGCUCUUACACGAAUUAUUCUGUACAGUGACGACUUCUAUAACUUUUUCAAGUAUGUGGAAGUGUCAACCUUUGACAUCGCAUCUGAUGCCUUUUCUACGUUUAAGGAACUCCUGACAAAACACAAGAUGUUGUGUGCAGAGUUCUUGGAACAGAAUUAUGACCGAGUGUUCACACAGUAUGAACAUCUUCUAAACUCGGAGAAUUAUGUGACUCGUAGACAGUCACUCAAGUUACUUGGGGAACUUUUAUUAGACAGACAUAACUUUUCUGUGAUGAAACGAUACAUCAGCAACCCUGAUAACUUGAAACUGAUGAUGAUAAUGUUAAAGGAGAAAUCCCGCAAUAUCCAGUUUGAAGCCUUCCACGUGUUUAAGGUCUUUGUAGCCAACCCCGACAAGCCCCGACCCAUCCUGGAAAUCCUCUUACGGAACCAGGACAAGCUUGUCGAGUUCUUGACGCGCUUCCACACAGACCGCUCCGAAGAUGAGCAGUUCAAUGACGAGAAAGCUUAUCUAAUUAAGCAGAUUAAGGAACUGAAACCUCUUCCCCCGGACCAGUAGUAAUAGUGAACUAGAAGAAUUGAGUGGCAGCGAUGGGAGUAGCUUGGGCAAAGUCUGGGCUGCUGUUGAUUGAGCCACGUCAUUCGCACUGAGAGGCUCAUGAUAUAAGAGGAGCUCCCUUCAGAAAUAUGACAAACACCCAGUCUUGCCCUUCAAUCAGUAAUUUCAACAUUGUUUAGCUUCCUCUAUAUUAUGCCUUAGAGAACCUCAAGCCCUGCUAAGGGGUUACCUGAGGGAUUGCUCAUAGCACGACCCUUCAUAGCUGCUGAACAAUUUCUCCUUGUUGAGGACAGUCAAAGAUUGCAGUGUAGUCAUGGGCUUUUAAAAACUCAGCAUGUUGUUGUCCAUGUUGGGGCCAAAGUGAAGCUAUUAUGUAUUCAUCCUUAAUCCUGUUGUGGAGGGCAUUCUAGCUCUUAUCUUGGAAGCAAUUCAGUGUAAAAGAAUAAGCAGAGAAUAAGGUUAGGAGGACAGGUAUCUGUUUUUUGCCAUGGACAGUAACAAUAUUUUCUAACAAGCCCAUGGUUUGCUUGGAAAUAUUAUAAAAGUUUCCUUUUGGAUGGAGGUGGAACAGUAUGGAUUAUUUAACUAAUACUAAUUGCUAGAAUUUAGAGAGGUAUCAUUAUUCUAAAUUAUAAAAUAUUGAGUAUUGUAAGUGAUGCUGCCACUGUCAAAUUUCAUGAAGAGUAAUGUCCUUUUAUAAUAUUUGUACAUAAACAUGUGUGGAAAGGGAUGUGAUUUAUAUUGGACAGUGUUGGUAAAAUAUUUAGAGUUAAUGAUUCCUGCAAAGCAAAUGUUGUUCUAUGUCAUAUUUGGGUACUUAAGAUUCUUUUAAUGGAAUAAUUUUAAGAUUAUCUGAAUAUCAUGCAACAGCUAUUUUUCGUACAUAUAUAUAGAUAUAUAUAUAUAAAAUGUAAGUUGGUUAAUUUCCAGCUAGAAAUACCACCUAUAAUUGCAUUGGCUUUUGAUCUGGUUUGCAGCAAGGAAUAUUAAUAUACUUAAGACUUGUCAUUUAUGAAAGGAGAUAGGAGCUUCAAUAACAGGUUUUAGAACUUUCAAAUAGCAAUGAAGAUGAUUAAUAAAAAAGAAGAAAAAGGAAGGUUUAAUGCGAGUGAAAAAGGUCUCCAUGCUUCCUAGACCAGUAAAGCUUUUAUAAAGAAGGGCUGUAACAUAAGAGUUUCAUGCAAGUGGGACUUAAUAUUUAUGUACUGUACAUCCAUCACCUGCAGGCCAAUUGGUAGUUUGAUGGAUUGAGCUCAUUGUAAUUGCCCAAGAAACCAUAGAAAUUCUGAAGAGAAGAACAACCUGUAGAACGAACCAGUUGGAAUGCUGUCACUAGUUUAGCAUACGGCCAUGUGAUACAGAUUUCCAUGAAGUAUCUUAGAGUUUUGUAUCAUUGGUUUUCAUACAGUGCAAGGUCAUGAGAAAAUAAUUUUUAAUAUAAUUUUUUGUUAUGCUGAGUUUGUUAUUAAUUAGGAAAUUAUUUUAAUUUAAUGUAAGAAUAAUACCAAUGUUAACAUAUUUCUUUAGUUUGUAUUAUGUAGGGGUGCUUCAUCACAGUUUUGGCAGUAUUUGGCAAAUUUCUAGAGGAAAACGCAUUUGGCACUUAAUAGUAUGAAGGUAAUUACUUUUUUAUGAAUUGUUUUAAUUUAUAUGUAUUUCAACAUCAAAGAAUAUUGGCUAGUGAAUCCAUGCUAAAAAUAUAUUGAAUAAACUUU